AAUAAAUCUCUAAUAUACACACACGGAAUAAUACUAAUAAUAAUCAAAUGUGUUUAUUGUGCUGACAAACCUGAACAACCUCCCGUUAGUAGUGAAAGUGACAGUGAUGGAGAAGAAGACAACUUUGAGGUUACAGAAACUUCUGAACCUUCCAAGACUUCUGAAGCUGUUAAACAUAGUAAAAAACCUGGUAAAAUGAUUUUUAUGAAAAAAAAUGAAGAGGGUAUUAUUGUCCCCAUGGAUGAAGGAGACUAUAAACAAAUAUUUGAGGAUCCAUAUAAAAAAGUAUACAUAUUUCAAAAAAAUCUCGAAAUGAUACUCUGUGAUUAUAAAGUUAUCUUUAAUCAUAGACUUGGAAAACCUUACGCGUCAACAUUGACUUAUUAUAGAAUUAAUAACGUGUUUACAAUUCAACAUGAAAAUGGAUUUAUGCUUAUUUGCCACGAAGAAGGGAAGUGGAAAGUAUACUUACGGAGUCGUUCGGGUUAUCUUAAUCUUUACACACAAGAUUCUGAAGGUCGUUAUCUUGAACUGGGUGAAAACAAUUAUUAUAUUAGUUUUGGUCCAAGAGGAUUCUUAAGAUAUGAAUUUAAGAGUGAUGUAAAUUGUAGUAAAGUUAUGUUUAAGGAUAAACUAGUUUGGAGAAGAAAUUCUAAUGAACCUUGCCCAUCUAAAAUUAACAUAACUUUAAGAAAAGAUAUUAUAGUUCAUUUUGGUGAUUAUUAUAUUAUAUUUGUAAAAAAGAAAGGAUACAAAAAAUCUUACAAAAAAGCAAUAAUAAAAUCUCAUAGACAUAAAUAAUUAAUAUAUAAAAUUCUAUAACAUAUUACACACAUUCACACACAGCACAGUGUAUAUUAACACUAAAUA